GACCUGGGAAAAACACCCGCGCCGCGCAUACCCUCAAAGCUGAGCUUGGUAGGACAUCCAAGGCGACCCGUCAUGCCCACCUGAGGGGGAGAAGCUGUGCUGUCCCGCCCCCUUCUCCCUAGGCCACCCUGGACCCCCAGGAGGCCCGGGCCGGCCUGUGGGGAGCCGAAAGCCCCAGUACCGCUGGUGAUUUCUCGCUAGGAGCCCCGCCAAGCCAGCGCGCGCUCUCGCAAGCCUGACAGACCAACAACUACUCGAAAAAAGUGAGGCGCGGUCUAGGAAGCCUGGUUGUUGUGGUUCCACAAACCACAAAUCAUAUGAGAGAGAACCCCGAAGCGGGGAGAAAAGUCAGUACAAAUUUGUUCCUGUCACCUUUGGAAACAAAAAGUUCCUCACCAGGCGCGGGGCGUGCUUUGCCAUGGGCAGGGUCGCGCUUUCGGGAGCUUGGGUGACCCCAUCCCUCCCUGGACGCUCACUUCCUGCGGAGGAGGGCCGUCUGCCUCCUCCACGCCCAGGGCGCAGGGCGCGUCCUGCCCCGGCACUGCAGACCCCGGGAUCACUUCCCCCGGGGUGGGCGGGGCGCCGAGGGGUCCUCACCGCCCUGGGGCAUUAGGGGCGCGGAACCGUGUUGGAGGCCUCGCGGCCCCGGCUCGCGAGACCGCACUGCAGAGUGGCCGCCGGAGCUCGGCCUACUCCUUUCCCCCACCCACCUCCUGGCGAACACGGUUUCCACUCUCCAGGCUGCAGACCGUGGGGGAGCCCCUAAUCAACUCGCGCCCGGCCUCUCUGCCAGUCUUCCUCACGGAACCGUACCGCGACCGGGGACCGACGGGAAACGACGGACGGGGUGACCUAUCUCCCGAUGCAGCGUCAGAGGUUAGCCUAACUACAGCGGACUCAGAGUCUGGGACGUAUAAGGAUGCCCUCCGCACUUGCAUCAGGGGUCGGGGACGCGAUGCCUCCGGGCCCACCUUCUCCCAUGGGCGAGCCUGCGGGAGAGAAUAUCGUACUAAAGACGGGUGGGCUGCUUGCGACCCAAAUGCAAUGGGUCCCUCGCACAUCCUGCACUCGCACCGCGCCCUUCUCCCGCAACGAGCUGUCCCCUCUAGAACGCGAGCGGCGACCACACGGCUUGGCCAACCCGAUCUGGCUUCUGAAGAUGAGAUCAGCUGCUAUGGGAGCGGAGAAGGGGAGAGAGUUUAGUGGUUUCAUCGGAGGCGUGGCUGACCUGCUCCUUACCACGGUCCGGUCCAGGGUCUGAGUCUUGGAGAAGCGUGGGACCAGAGGGAGCCCUUUCCCGGAUGCAAGUCAGAGGCCAGAGAGUCCCUUGGCACGCACUCGCGCCUGCACGUGCCCGCACCGUCGAAGCGAUCUGGUGCCUUGGCGCUUGUUUCCUCUCCAGCUCCCUUGAGCUCUUCGAAGUCUCCUUUCCCAGGAAGGCGGGCAGGGCCUGGCUAAGCAGGAUGGAAGGCUGCCCCUUUUGUUGAAUCUGAUAGCUACUUUCCCAAAAAGACCAGAAGAGCCAUUUCACAUCUCCAUGGUUAUAGGAGUUAGCUUUUUCUCCAAGAUGUCCCCACUAGCCAGUUAAACCACCAUCAGUGGGCAACAGGGUGAAAGUUAGUGGCUUGGUGGUUUAAGAG